AUGGGCUUGUUCUCGAGGAAGUCCUCCAAUCGCAACCAGCAGAACGGCGACAGCAAUUACUCCAACGGAGACCUCAGACCACCAUACAACAUGAAGCGGGCCAACAGUAAUCCCGCCGAGAAUGCGAGUAUACCUGAUAUACCACUCCCCAAAGCACCCGACCCGAACCUGGACCCGGCGGGGUAUCUACGCAGUAUCUAUGCAGUACGCGAGCGAAGCAGGCUGGUAUUGGACAAGGCGAAGAGGAACCAGCUGCGGCACUUCACCGUGGACAUGUCCAAGUUUGCAGAUACUGCCAAUUAUGUCGUGGCUAUCAUUAAGCGAGACUUCCACCCGGACUACAGUAGCAUCCCACCUCACGGCCGAUGGCAGCAUUUCGAAGUCGGUGGACGACCACGCGUAGACCAACUAAUGGCCACAUGGCCAAGCACAGUAGACAACCAGGAACGAACACGACGGCUCAUCGACCUCUUCGUGGUAUCUGUAUUAUUGGAUGCAGGCGCUGGCACAAAAUGGCAGUACAAGUCAAAAGAAAGUGGCAAGGUCUACAAACGCAGUGAGGGUCUGGCAGUCGCGAGCUUGGAGAUGUUCAAGAUGGGUCUCUUUUCCAGCGAUCCAGAGCAGCCUUGUCAGGUGGACAGUGGAGGGCUGAAGAAGCUGAAUACCGAUAAGAUGGCCAAGGGUCUGCAAGUGAGCUCGGACAAUCCCAUCGAUGGGCUGGAAGGAAGAACAAAUCUGCUGGUGAGGUUGGGAGAUGCGCUGCUCAACCAGCAGAUCUUUGGACCGGAGGCAAGACCAGGGAACAUGCUGGACUACUUGCUUUCGCAUCCUUCGACUGGCGUGUCCGCUGUGCCGAUCGUGCCUUUGCCGACAUUAUGGACGACACUCAUGGAUGGAUUCUCACCAAUUUGGCCAGCUACCCGAACACAAAUCGAUGGUGUACCGCUUGGAGAUGCAUGGCCGUGUGGAUCGAUGCCUUCGCAUCCGACACAUCCAUGGGAGAACAUUGUGCCUUUCCACAAAUUGACACAGUGGAUGACAUACUCGCUCAUGGUGCCCAUGCAGAAACUGGCGAAUGUGCAUUUCGUGGGUGUGGAACUCAUGACUGGGUUGCCAGAGUAUAGGAAUGGUGGCUUGCUGGUGGAUACUGGACUUCUCACCCUGAAGCCGGAUGAUGCCAAGCGUGGGCUGGAGCAGUACCAGAUGAAUGCCACAAGGCAAGGGCAACCGAAUGUGGAAGUGGUUCCUCUUUUCACCGCAGACGACGAUGUGAUUGUGGAGUGGCGAGCUCUGACGGUCGGCUUUCUGGACAUGUUACUUGAAGAAGUGAACACGCUUCUCGGCCUGCACGGUAGCGACAAGCUGAGUCUCGCACAAAUGCUGGAAGCUGGCACAUGGAAGGGCGGCCGCGAAAUCGCCGAAGUCUCUCGACCCAACACCAAAGAACCCCCGAUAAUGAUUUUAUCCGACGGCACAGUAUUUUAG